AUGUUGGACGAUGGAAUACUAAGUGGUCCCGAAAAAUAUUCGCAUGAAGACAUUGAACAGAAGUUAACAUUCGUAGGAAACCUUGUAUCUGCCGAAGCUAAAUGUCAUCCAUCACAACAUUUGCAUCACAUUACAGAAAAGUUGGAAUCGUUGAAGAAAUCUUUCAAUGAAAGGGACAGCAGUUUCACAACAUUUACGAAUCCUGAGUUCGACAAAGAUUCCAUUUCGAAUUCGAACUCUAGUUGUUCUUGUAGUGAGUCUUGUUUGAAAGAUGAAGAACUUGAUGAGAGUAACUUGAUUGUUAUCGAUGACCCGGAUAAGCUUUUUCCUGAUUUUGUUGGUGAGAAGGGUGUUGUGGGAUUUAGACGAAAUGGGGUGGAAGAAAUUGGUGAAAAGAUUGGAACUUUUUACUAUCAUGAUGCUGAGGAAUUUUUUGAAGAUUUUGAUAAAGAAAAGGAAGUUAUGGAGGAAAAGAAGGAAUUGGAAAAAGUGAAAAGUGGGUGUGGGAAGAAUUGUUGUGUGUUGGUUAGUGGAGUUUUUAUUGGUAUAAGUUUCAUGGGUUUUAUUAUGGUGAAUUUUUCUGGUUGCUUUGAUGAAUAUGUGGAACAAACAAGUUUUGCAAUUCCAACAUAG